CUGGACAUCAUGGGGUUGUUCAAGAAAAAGAACAAUCAGGUUCAACCAUCAAAGUCCUGCCAUUCUUUGAACAGUUCGGCCGGAUCCAUGACUCAGUCUCAACUGAAUUUGGCGAUUAUGGACAUGCUCAACUUAUCUCAGACUACAAAUAGCUGUGAUCAUGUCUGUCGGGGAAAUCCAAUCACUGAAUCUGGAAAGCGGAAACAGUUGUUGAAAAUGCUGUCUGUAGUGCUUCUUCCUAUGGCAAUACUAGUAGGCAUGACGGGUAAUGUCUUCGUAUCAACCAUAAGAAACUUCAUAGAAGCCAAGGACACAAGAGACGCCCUCUUCUUCUCGAUUGAACUUGGUCAAAUGAUGAGAUACCUACAACGAGAACGAGACAUGAGCGCCCUCUACAUAAGCGCCAUUGGCCCAGAUACAAAGGAAGUUCUCCUUAGAAGGUACCCGGAUACUGACAUGGCUCUAGAAAACUUAUCUUUCUGGCCUGUCAGUAAGAAAAACGACAGGCAAGAAUUCCAAUCAAAGGACAAAUUUCUGUUGUUUCUAAACCGUCACCGAUAUCAGCUGGAUCUGUACAACCGAACAGUUAAGGAGGAGAUGCUAUUCUACACUGAUGUAAUUGAUAUUUUCAUCACUUGGUUAUAUGAUGCUGUUUCUGAGGCAAGAUCAGGCUCCAUUUGGAAAACUUUGGUAGCCUAUCAAGAAAUCAUCGUUGCUAGCGAAUACAUUGGGCGAGAACGAGGCAUGGGUGUAACGUAUUUCGCUUUCGGUGGGUUUAGAAGCAAGGAAGAUUACUUGCUGUUUUUGGAGGCUCAAGACAUUGCAAAUAUAACAUUUAUGUCGUGUCGGAGAUAUUCUGAGCUAGCUUACAGCAUUUAUGAGAAUCAACUUUUAAGCAAUGAUUUGAUUUUAGCUCCUGUACGAUCUAUGAGGCUUCAGAUUCGGUCAAACAAGAGUUAUCAAAGCCAGGGUUCACUAGAAAAGGCAAAUGCAUGGUUUGACAAUAUGACUGUAUAUCAGGAUAUUGUUCGAGAAACACAAAAGGCUCUAGCAACAAAGAUAAACGAAAUGUUGACGGUGAGAAGCACGGAAGACAUGUACACCAUUAUAACGAUUGCUUGUAUCUUUGGGGCUGUUUUCAUCGUUUGUCCUUUGGUGAUUGUAGGUGUAUACUUUCUGACUUCGGAGAUUCAGAAAUACUCCAUUUCCAUUGCAAAUAGAACAAAAGCAUUGAACAAGGAAAAGAAGAGAACCGACACACUCCUCUACCAGAUGCUGCCUAAAUCUGUGGCGGAACGUCUCAAGUGUAACGAGCAAGUGGACGCUGAGCACUACGACCAAGCCACCAUCUUCUUCAGUGAUAUUGUUGGAUUCACCAAAAUUUCUUCCUCAAGCUCUCCCUUGCAGGUUGUUGACAUGUUAAACAGUCUAUACACUUGUUUUGACGAAAGAAUUGAAAUGUACGAUGUUUACAAAGUGGAAACUAUAGGAGAUGCCUAUAUGGUCGUGUCAGGUGUACCGAGAAAGAAUGGGAAACAGCACGCAUCAGAGAUUGCAAAGAUGGCCUUUGAUCUUGUAAGAAAACUUCGCCAUCUGGAAAUACCCCAUCUUCCGGGGAUCAAAUUUAGCCUGCGUAUCGGUUGUCAUUCUGGUGCUGUGGUGGCUGGUGUAGUAGGAAACAAGAUGCCGAGGUAUUGCCUCUUUGGUGAAACAGUGAGCGUUGCCUCCAAAAUGGAAUCCCUUGGAAAAGCAAACAAAGUUCACCUAAGCGAGACGACCUAUGACCUCUUGACCUCCAUCGGCGGAUUUACAAUGCAGGAAAGGAAGGAUAACACUGCAAAGAAUGAUCUCGACCUCCAGAACGCAUUUAAGGGAAUCGUCCGCACAUACUGGUUAAUGGAGGUGGAAGGCGUGGACACGGACUCUGAAUCUGUUCACACCGAAAACGACGACGUGCCUCACGAAAGACACGCAGGUUCAAAGAGCUUCUGGCUGCAUUAGAGGACUGAACUGAUUUAACAUAUACGUACAAGUAUAUAUUCCUGAAGGUUAUGAAAACUGGACGAACUACUGUUAUU